AUGCGUUCAGCGCUCCAGGGUGCUUUCAUCGAGCACCAGCACAUACUGCAGAAACUCUCUACGCGGCGGAGGCUGUUCGUCGUCCAAGUUCGGACACCUGAAGACCUAGAGAAGUGCGAUGCUCUAAUAAUCCCAGGUGGAGAGUCGACCACCAUUGCCUUACUUGCAAAACUUUCGGGAUUGCUGGAACCGCUGCGUGAGUUCGUCAGGAAGAAGUCAGUGUGGGGAACGUGCGCAGGGGCGAUUUUGCUGGCGCAGGCCGUGGCAAACCCGAAGAAGGGGGGCCAGGAACUUUUAGGCGGCGUGUCCGUUACCGUUGCACGGAACGGGUGGGGUUCGCAGGUUGAAUCGUUCGAAGCGCCUCUCACAGUUGAUGGCCUUCGAGAUUCGUCAACGCCGUUCACAGGGGUUUUUAUCCGCGCACCUGUUAUUUUAUCACUCACAGCAACCGUCUCCGACGCCCCCAUCCAAGUCAUCUCCCGCAUACCUCCUGACCUCCUGCCGCACACGCUCGAAAACACUCCCGAUGAAUCCAUCGUCGCGCUCAGACAGGGCCGACACCUUCUUACCACAUUUCAUCCCGAACUCACGCUCGACAAUCGAUUCCACGAGUACUUCGUGAAGGAAUGCGUCGUGCCCUUCGUCGCCAAUUAG